UGUAUUUCAAAAACUAAAGAACAUCAAUAAAUACAUGUUUGAAAGUUGUUUAUCCACUCGACACUUGAGUUUUGUGUGCCUGUCCAUUUCAGAACAAAGAACUACAGUAGGCAACUGGAAAAAAUUCAGAAGACUGGCUCACAUAAACAGUCCAUUUACUGAUGCUGUGUUCUACAACAAAGAACAAUUGUUUUAUCAAGGAUUCUUGCGGUCUCAUACUGGCAUAUCUUAGUCCACCCUGGACUCUUCCAGAACAUUAGCAUUUCAGGACAGGCAGCCAUUUCAAUACAUUACUAAAUAAAUAAUAAUGUAUAUUUUGGGAUUACGGUCUAAAACAGCAUAGUGCAGAUAUUUAAGUCUGCAAAUCUAAAAAUGCAGAUCUGCAAUGUAAAGGUCAGAAGUGAGAAAGAUGCUGCUAUACACUGCUACUUUUCUAAACCAUUGACUAUCUAGAAUGGCUUGGUUUGAUAUAGCAGCUAAAAAGUUUGGAUUCCCCAGUAUUGAGCUGUUUGUGAAGGCAGGAAUUGAUGGGGAAAGCAUUGGCAACUGUCCAUUCUCUCAGAGACUCUUCAUGAUCCUUUGGCUAAAAGGAGUCAUCUUUAAUGUCACAACUGUGGAUCUCAAGAAGAAACCAGCUGAUUUGCAAAACCUUGCACCAGGAACCAACCCACCUUUUAUGACCUUUAAUGGUGAAGUGUUGGUGGAUGUUAACAAGAUUGAGGAAUUUCUCGAGGAAAGGCUUACACCGCCACGGUAUCCAAAAUUGGCUGUUAAACACCCAGAGUCAAACAUCGCAGGAAUCGAUGUAUUUUCCAAGUUUUCUGCCUAUAUCAAGAACUCUCACAAAUAUGCAAGCAAUGGCUUGGAGAAAGCUCUGUUGAAGUCCCUGAAGAAAUUGGAUGAUUACUUGCAGUCUCCUUUGCCAGAGGAGAUUGAUGCCAACAACCCUGAUGACCCAGGACCAUCAACACGCAAUUUCCUGGAUGGACCAGACCUAACUCUUGCUGACUGCAACCUGCUUCCCAAACUACACAUCAUCACGAUUGUUGCAAAGAAGUAUAGAAAUUUUGAGAUUCCAGCUGACAUGAAGGGGAUUUGGCGAUACCUGAACUCUGCCUACCAGAGGGAAGAGUUUACCAGCACCUGUCCUGCAGAACGAGAGAUUGAGUUUGCUUAUAUGGAUGUUGUCAAAAAGAUAAUAUAAGUUUGGUGCUCGCUGAAAAUAGAUGGAGCUGUGUGAAGGUAUACUUAGACUACAGAGAUUGAGAGAGUGUGUGAGGGAGUGAGAGAAAAAGUAAGAGAAUGAGAGAUUGAGAGAGUGUGUGAGAGAGGAGAGAGAGAGUGUGCGAGAGAGAGUGAGAAAAAAUGUAUGUGUGUGUGUGAGAGAGAGAGAGAGAGAGAGAGAGAGAGAGAGAGAGAGUGUGAGAGAGGAGAGAGAGAGUGUGUGAGAGAGAGUGAGAAAAAAUGUAUGUGUGUGUGUGAGAGAGAGAGAGAGAGAGAGAGAGUGUGUGAGAGUGUGAGAGAUUGAGAUAGUGACAGAGAUAGCGUGAGAGUGUGAGAGAUUGAGGGUGAGAGAGAGAGCGAGAGAGAGAGAGUGUGUGAGAGAGGAGAGAGAGUGUGUGAGAGAGAGUGAGAAAAAAUGUAUGUGUGUGUGUGUGAGAGAGAGAGAGAGAGAGAGAGAGAGAGUGUGUGAGAGUGUGAGAGAUUGAGAUAGUGACAGAGAUAGCGUGAGAGUGUGAGAGAUUGAGGGUGAGAGAGAGAGCGAGAGAGAGAGAGAGAGAGAGAGAGAGUGUGAGACAUUGAGAUAGUGACAGAGAUAAAGUGAGAAUGUGAGAGAGGAGAAAGAGUGAGAGUAAGAAAGAGUGUGAAAGAAAAUAGUGUGAGAGAGGAGAGAGAGAGUGUGUGAGAGUGUGAGGGAUUGAGAGUGAGAGAGAAUGUGAGAGAGGAGAGAGAGUGAGAGUAAGAAAGAGUGUGAGAGGAAAGAGUGUGAGAGAGGAGAGAGAGAGUGUGUGAGACUGUGAGGGAUUGAGAGUGUGAGAGAGUGUGACAGAGUGAGAGUAAGAGAGUAUGAGAGGAAAGAGUGUGUGAGAGAGAGAGAGUGUGUGUGUGUGUGUGUGUGUGUGUGAGAGAGAGAGAGAGAGAGAGAGAGAGAGAGAGAAAAAACUUCUUUGCAUAUCGUUAUAAUAAUAGUUAAGCUUUAUCUGUAAGCAAUUUAUGCAUUUUUAUCUCUCAUAAAGGAGGAUGCCAUGGGCUUGAUAUGUUAAAGAUUCUUUAUUUGUUUAUACUUCAUAUAUUCGUCUUGUAAUUUGUCAUAUCUAUUAGUUUUCUGCCGAGUUUUUCCAUCAGAAAAUAGAACUAAUCAUUUUAUGUGAUUCCUAAAGUCUGACAGGGAUUUUCUCAGAUAUAUAACAAAA